UUUAUAACCGGAGCUAAACAAUUAACUUGUCAGUUCGCCGCACGCAUAUAAAAAUAGUUAUUUCUGAUAAACGCGGAAGGAAAAGCAGUAAAAGUACCAGUACUGUGUGUGCGUGUGUUAUAUUUUUCGAGAGACUUCAAGGCUAACGCGAAGGAGUUGCUAGCAGCCGCGAAGGAGUUUAUUAAAGUGUCAUUGUGAGGUCACCGUGAGAAAAAAAGUGAGUUGUAGUUGAUCGUGGGACGUUAUAAAAGUGCAGCACUGCUUGUCAUAGCGACGACGUCACCCUGAGUCAGGAGGUGCAGGUUCUAAUCUGUUUGAGGACCAACACCGUUUGGCGUUCCGGCGUUGGUAGUGAAGCGCUCACAGCGGCGAUGCUGGCAGCGUUGAGGCGAGAACUCCCCCCUCCCUACUACGUCCGCGUGGCAUUGCCUUCGUACGUCACGCGCUUUGAAAGAGGCCCGAUUGCUCGUUUUCACAGCGGUACAGACAAAGCCGAUCAGGGGCCGGAAAAACGCACCCCAGCAUCGGGGUCCGUGCUUCCCGCGGACCUGGUCGGGAUGGGGAUGUGGUCUCUGGGUGUCGGCGCCGUGGGAGCCGCCCUCGCCGGCAUCCUCUUGGUCAACUCGAGCCUGACGCUCCCCAAAGUAGGCGAGGCCUCGCUGGAACAUCUCGCCGAUGCUGACCUGCUCUCUACCAGCGACGAGAGCAAGGUCAUCAAAGCGAAGAGUCUGUGGGAAAAGAACGGCGCCGUCAUCAUGGCCGUGCGGCGGCCCGGAUGAUUUUUGUGCCGAGAGGAGGCUUCCGAGCUGUCCUCUCUGAAGCCCCAGCUCGAAGAGCUCGGGGUCCCCCUGGUGGCCGUGGUGAAGGAGCGCAUCGGCACCGAGAUCCAGGACUUCAGGCCGCACUUCGCCGGGGACAUUUACAUCGAUCAAAAGAAACAAUUCUACGGGGGGAAAAUGGGCGCCGUGGGGCUGCUGCGCCUCAGCGUGCUGCAGAACUUCAUGCGGGCCUGGAGGUCUGGCUACCAGGGCAACGUGUUGGGAGAGGGUUUCAUCCUGGGGGGCGUCUUUGUCAUCGGAGCAGGAGAACAGGGGGUCCUUCUGGAGCACCGCGAGAAGGAGUUUGGCGACAAAGUGGACGUGGCGGACGUUCUGCAAGCUGCCAAGAAAAUUAUACCUCACAAAUAAGUUUUUAUUAGAGCACUGAGUAUAGAAUAGUAAAACUAGAAAGUAAAAUAAAGUUUAAAAAAAAUGUAUGGACAUCUCGGCCAGUUUACGGAAGAGAACCUCGAUUGUGAGAUGAAAAGCUGCGGAAUACACAAUGGACUCAAUUGGUUGCCGGCACUUUAUAAGAUAGACGGACGGGUAUGCAAACGGGGUGAUGUGAAGAGUAGAUUUUGUAGAUCAGCUAUACAAACGCCCACCGGCACGAGUUUGUCUCCCACGCCGGGCCGUGACCGACGACGGGCGCGCUGCGGUGCGGUUGUGCGCGUAACAAUGACGACUUGGCUCUAAACUCUGCAACGAGAGGAGCAGGUUCGAUGACCGAACGCGCCUUCCUCACGCGCCGCUGCGGUCGUUACGCUGAGGCCCUUGCGGAGUGCGGGCGAGACAAAUUGGGGGUGUGUGUGUGGGGGGGGGGUGGCGG